UUAUUUUCUGUGUAGAGCUUCAACAUUUCGGACAAUAUGGAUAACAACGCCGGUGUUGAGAACCGUGAAAAAGAGCGCGAGCGUCGUGGACGGGCACGUGGAACACGCUUUUCUGAUGCAGAUACAUCCUCUGCUGCCGGUGCUGGAAAUCGUGACCGCAGCCGUGAACAGCGACGCAAUUGUCGCAUCUACAUAUCCAAUAUACCCUACGAUUAUCGUUGGCAAGAUCUGAAAGAUUUGUUUAGACGCGUUGUGGGUUCUGUGGAAUAUGUUGAAUUGUUCCACGAUGAAAAUGGCAAAGCCCGUGGCUGUGGUAUUGUCGAAUUCAAAGAUCCCGAUAAUGUCCAAAAGGCAUUGGAGAAAAUGAAUCGUUACGAAGUGAAUGGUCGUGAAUUGGUGGUAAAGGAAGAUCAUGGUGAACAGCGUGACCAAUGUGGACGUAUAAUUCGUGAUGGUGGUGGCGGUGUCGGCGGCGGCGGUAUGGGUGGUGGUCGUGGUGGCGGCAACGAUGGAGGCUAUGGUGGCGGUGGUAGACGAGAUGACGAUCGAUCAUCUGGUCGUAAUAAUUAUAACAUGAUGUCUAAUGAUUUUGUAAACCCAGCGGCGAAUUAUAAUUAUUAUGGGCUUUCAGCGUCGUUUUUGGAGAAUCUUGGCAUAACUGGACCUUUGCAUAAUAAAGUUUUCGUUGCUAAUCUUGACUAUAAAGUGGAUACUAAAAAACUCAAACAAGUAUUCAAAUUGGCUGGCAAAGUACAGAGUGUUGACUUAUCUGUAGACAAGGAUGGUAAUAGCCGUGGUUUUGCCGUUAUUGAAUAUGACCAUCCCGUGGAAGCUGUCCAGGCGAUAUCUAUGUUGGAUCGUCAAAUGUUGUAUGACCGCCGUAUGACCGUACGUUUGGAUCGCAUCCCUGACAAGGGUGAAAGCAUUAAAUUACCCGAAGGUUUGGGUGGUGUUGGCAUCGGACUGGGUCCCAAUGGUGAACCACUAAAAGAUGUUGCCCGCAAUUUGCCAAAUGCCAAUCAAAAUUGUAAUGCACCCCAGCAAAUGGGUGUAAACAAUGGCAACAUGGGCGGCGGUGGUAUGAAUGUUGGCGGCGGUAUGGGUGGUAAUGGCGGCGGCAUGGGUAUGGGCAAUGCUGGACCCAAUGUUGGCGGUAUGUUUGGCAACAAUGGCGGUGUACAACAGCCAGCACCUGUUGCACCAGUUGGUAAUAAGGCCCAAGGAAAUUUGCCGUUAAAUGCUAAUUCCGGUCUCAAUUUGGCAGCUCUAACCAAUGUUGUUGGUGGUUUGGGUGCUGCUCUCUCUAAUCCCCUAUUGACCACAUCGCUCAAUAAUUUGGGCAUUAACUUGGGUCAAGGACAAGGUGGUGGCAAUGAUGAUGCCUUGGCAGCUGGUAAUUCUGGCCUAUCCAAUAACUAUAGCACCGGAGGCAAUAAUUAUAGUUCUGGCUUUGGUAACUCAUCGGGUUUUAAUGCACCGGCCGGAAACUCUGGUGGAGGAGGGGGCGGCUUUAAUGCCUACAACAGUGGCAGUGGAGGCGGUAAUGCCGGACCAUCAUUAGAUGGUGACUACGGUUCGGGUAAUGCUCUCGAUAUGUACGGCUCUGGUGGUGGUGGCGGUAAUGUCGGCAAUAAUGCUGGAAAUGUACGCAAAUCAGACACAAUCAUAAUUAAAAAUAUACCCCUGAGCUGUACUUGGCAAACACUUAGAGAUAAAUUCAGAGAUGUUGGUGAGGUAAAAUUCGCUGAAAUUCGUGGCAAUGAUUUGGGUGUGGUACGUUUCUUUAAAGAAAGAGAUGCAGAACUUGCCAUAGCUCUUAUGGACGGUUCACGCAUGGAUGGACGUACAAUUAAAGUAACGUAUUUCUAAAAUUCAUUCAACUCCAUCCUCCCACCUGCCACGGCUUCGUUUACA